UUUAUAAAAGCAUCGAAAUGGGUUCGCCGAAGCGCGUUUUGGUUAUAGACAAUGGUUCAUACGAAUGCCGUGUAGGCUGGAACAACACCAAGGAGCCAGCGCUACGAUUCAGAAACGUCUUGACCAAACCUCGCAAAGAUAGAAAGAAGGAAGCCAUUCCGGACACCACAGACGGUGCCCCGACUCCAGUCGCAGCUGAGGUACCAGCCGAAAUACAAGUCGGCAAUGACAUAACCAACAUCGAAGCAGUGCGGGCUCAUCUAAAGUCGCCAUUCGAGAGGAACAUCAUAACCAACUGGAACCAUCAGGAGCAGAUCUUUGAUUAUAUUUUCACCAAAAUGGGCUUCGAGGGAGAGCAGAGCAUAGCAAAUCCGAUUGUGCUGACCGAGGCGCUGGCCAAUCCCAACUUCUGCCGCCAGAACAUGAGCGAACUGCUCUUUGAAUGCUAUGGCAUUCCAGCCGUUUCGUAUGGCAUCGAUGCCCUCUACAGUUGGGAGCACUAUCAAAAUCGUCGCAAGAAGGUAUCGGAUGCCCUCAUCAUCUCCUUUGGCUACAGCACCACCCACGUGAUCCCAGUGCUGAAUGGCAAGCUCCAGCUGCAGCAUGUGCGUCGCCUGAAUGUCGGAGGCUAUCACAUUAUCACAUAUUUGCUGUGUCUGAUGCAAAUGAAGUAUCCCGUGCAUCUGAAUGCCAUCUCCAUUAGCCGAAUGGAGAAGCUGGUCCACGAGCAUUGCCACAUUGCUGUCGACUACAGGGAGGAGCUGCUCAAAUGGGGACAAAUAGACUAUUACGAGGAGCACAUCAUGAAGAUCCAGCUGCCAUACAAUCCAGUCACGGCCACCAACGCUUUGCUCACAGCCGAGCAGAAGCUGGAGAAGCGUCGCGAGUUGGCGAUGCGCCUGCUGGAGAUUAAGAAUCGUAGGGAGGGCGAAAAGCUGCUCGAGGAUGAGCAACAAUUGUUUGUGUACAACAAACUUCGACAGCUCUAUGAGCAGGAUAAGCUGCAGAAGUUCGAGCUGGCUCUGGCCCAGCAGCAGAUUGGCAAUCUGGAUGAAUUGGACUCGCUCAUCAGCACAAUUAGUAAUCGCAUCAAGCGCAUCAAGGAACGUCCCCUGAGCUCACCGAAGCCCAGCAAGCAGCAGGAAAAAAUUGACAAAAUGCCAAAGGCCCCCGAGGGCGUAUCCCAGGCGGAUUGGUUGGCCGAGCUACAGAGCAAGCGUGAGCAGCUACUGCAGCGCAAACAGACCCGCCAGCAGCAGCGACAGGAGCAGGGAAAACGGCACACGCAUGCCGCGCAGGAGCGGAUGCGUAUCAUCUCGACGCUGGCGCGCAGCGAGAAACGUCGCAAGGCCAAUGGCGAGGAGGAGGACGAUGGCUUUGGCAUGAACGACAACGACUGGGACGUGUACAAGCGCAUCAAUCGCUAUAACGACGACAGCGAUUCGGAUGCCGACAACGAGCAGUUGCUGGAGUUCGAGAAAAUUCUCAGCCACUACGACGUGAACUUUGAUGAUGGCAAUGCGGUGCAGACCCAGAGCGCAGCGGAAAACUAUCAAUUGCAUUUCGGUGUCGAGGAUAUCCGUGUGCCGGAGAUUCUCUUUCAGCCAAGCAUGAUUGGGUCCCCGGAGGCGGGCCUGGCGGAGCUGAUAGCCUUUGUGCUGAAGCUCUUCACCGCCCAGGAACAGCAGCGCAUGGUAGAGCACGUCUAUCUAACCGGGGGUUGUGCUCAGUUCCGUGGUCUCAAAGAGCGUCUGGCCAGGGAGUUUCUGGAAAUGCGUCCUUUCCAGUCGAAGUUUUCCAUUUACGAAUCGGAUGAUCAUACGCUGAGCGCCUGGCUGGGUGCCUGCGUCCAGGCCGGUCAGCCCAACUUUGGUCAGACGCUGACAACGCGCAAGGAUUACCAGGAACACGGCAGUGAAUAUUUCAGGGAGCAUCGUGCUAGCAAUCUCUUUUAUCCUACACCGAAAGAUUAACAUUUAUUUGUCCAAAAUAUACACAACUAGAAUAGAAA